AAGACAAGAAGACAAGAUCCUGACAGAAAAGGCGUGGCUGCCAGGAGUGCUGAGGCUGUUUCCCAGAAUGCUUUUGGCAGAGCACCUUCACAAGGCCAGGCUGCUCACAACAGGCUGGAUCCUGGCCCUGGCACUGCUCCUCCUUUUACAGAAUGGUAGUUAUGCUGCUCCAUCACAAGACAGUCCACUGGUCCGCACCACCAGAGUAAGAAGACAGAGCCCCGGUACAGACGAGCCCCCCUCCUCCUCCACAGUCAACCAGACGAUGAAAGACCAGCCUGUGGUCUUCAACCAUGUCUACAACAUAAACGUCCCUAUGGAGUCUCUCUGCUCUGUGGAUCUGGACGCCUCUGCAGCUGCCCCCGGUGAUGGGGCUCGGGCAGAGCUGGGGUCCAGACUCGCUGUGCAGGGGCCACUUGACUCAAUGGAACCCACAGAAUACACAGAGCAGACGCUGGACACUGAGAGCCAGGUCACAUUUACUCAUCGCAUCAACAUCCCCAAAGCCGCAUGUGGCUGUCCCUCGUCCAUCACCCUCCAGCAGCUGGUCACUCGAGUGGAGAUGUUGGAGAGGGAGGUGUCCAUGCUCAGAGCGCAGUGUGGCGCUGGGUGCUGUGGGGACGGCUCUGCCAUGGGCCGUUUGGAUGUCGGCUCCAGCUGCAGCGGUCAUGGCACCUUCAGCUUUGAGAUCUGUGGCUGUAUCUGUGAAGAAGGUUGGACGGGCAAGAACUGCUCAGAGCCGCGUUGCCCGGACGACUGCUCAGGACAGGGCAUCUGUGUGGAGGGCGAGUGUGUAUGUGACCGUGACUUCGGAGGGGACAAUUGUUCGGAGCCGCGGUGCCCUUCAGACUGCUCGGGGCGUGGCCUCUGUAUCGAUGGAGAGUGUGUGUGUGAGGAGUCCUACACGGGGGAGGACUGCAUGGUGGGACGCUGCCUCAACGACUGCUCUGACCAGGGCCAGUGCGUCAACGGCACCUGCCACUGUCGCCCUGGAUAUGUGGGGGAAGACUGCUCUCUGGUCUACUGUGCCAACAACUGCAGCAAGAAGGGGGUGUGCAAAGAGGGCUUCUGUGUGUGCCAGGACGGCUACGCUGGAGAUGACUGUAACUCAGUGGCACCAGCGAUGAACUUGAGGGUACGAGCAGUGACCGAUCGAUCCAUUGACCUGGAGUGGGAGGGCUCGGUCGUCCUUACAGACUUCCUGGUCACUUACACACCCAAUACCCCUGGAGGGGUGCAGAUGGAGUUGCGGCUGCCCGGUAACACCACCACAUGCUCCAUCUCCGGGCUGGACGCGGGAAUGGAAUACAACAUCAACGUGUUCUCUGUCAUCAACAACAGUAUCAGUGUCCCCGCCAGCAUCACCGUCUCCACCUAUGUCUCCAGUCCAGAUAGCUUAGUCUUCAAAUCCAUCACCGAGACGUCAGUGGAGGUCCAGUGGCAGCCGUUCUACUUCUCCUUCGAUGGAUGGGAGAUCAGCUUUAUCCCUAAGGACAAUGAUGGAGGGAUGACAGCACAGCUCCCCAGCACCAUCACCUCUUUUGUGCAGACUGGUCUGAGACCAGGAGAGGAGUACACAGUGAACCUGGUGGCCCUGAGGGAGCAGGGCAGGAGCCAACCCAUCACUGGCAUCGUCACAACACUGAUAGAUGGCCCCACUCAGCUGAUCGUUCGAGAUGUGUCAGACACGGUGGCGUUUGUGGAGUGGACCCCACCGAAGGCUAAAAUUGAUCAGAUCGUUCUGCGCUACGGCCUGGUGGGAGAAGGGCCGCGCACCACCUUCCGCUUGCAGCCCUCUCUCAGCCAGUAUUCCCUUCAGGUUCUGCAGCCCGGAUCACGUUAUAAUGUGUCUGUGAGUGGAGUGAGGAAAGGAAAUGAGAGCGGAGCCAUUUCCACAGAGUUUUCCACUGAGAUCGAUGCUCCUAAGAACCUGCGCCUCGUGACCAAGAGCUCCACCAGCCUGGAGCUGGAGUGGGACAACAGUGAGGCGGAGGUGGAUGGAUACCAGGUGGUAUACAGCACUUUGGCCGGAGACCUGUAUGAUAAAGUUAUUGUUCCACGCAAUGAAGGAGUCACCUCCAAGACCACACUGACAGACCUUCUCCCAGGCACAGAGUACGGCAUUGGCAUCUCAGCAAUGAGAGGAAGCAACCAGAGUGCCCCCUCAACCAUGAACGCCAGGACAGGCCUGGACGUUCCAUUGGACCUUACUGUCACAGCGUCCACAGAUAACACCAUAACUCUUGCGUGGGGGUCGUAGGGCCCCAUUGACCAUUACAAGGUUACCUACAUAUCGUCCUCACUGUUUCCCAAAGAAGUGACCAUGGUGACACUAGUGGACCUUGAGCCUGGAACCGAAUACACAAUCACUGUGGCUGCACGGAGAGGCAGACAACAGAGCACCGCCGCUACAAUAGACGCCUUUACAGGAAUCAGGCCCGUAACUCACCUCUUCCUGUCAGAGGUGACUUCAAACACCGCGUUGGUGGCCUGGAGCUCUCCAGCGCCCCCUGCAGACUUCUUCAUUCUCAGCUACAGCUCGGCCGAUGGGACCGACACCUCCAAGGACACACUAGACGGAUCCAAGACCAGGUCUCUGGUUCAGGGCCUGCUGCCUGCGACAGAGUACACCAUCAGUUUAAUCACUAUACAAGGAGACUCUACCUCGGAGCCUAUUACAGCCUCUCUCACCACAGGUACAGACCCACCCAAAGUGCUGCUGGUGUCUGAUGUGACGGAGGACUCUGUAACGCUUUCCUGGAUCACACCACUGGCUCCUUUCAAACACUACAAACUUUCCUACCUGUCUGCCCAAGGCCGGGAGGACAGCAUGGUGAUUGACAGUGAUGUGAACAACUACACCUUGUCCAGUCUGUUCCCAGCCACGGAGUAUGAGAUCAGUCUGACUGCUGUCCGUGACAACCAGGAGAGCAAAGCGGUUAGCACAUCUGUGUUUACAGGGUGGCUGCACAUUAACCUGUGCAAAUGGAGGCUAGAGGUUUACCUCCAUAAGGGCCCGGCAAGAGAGGAUAACGGGCCUGCUGCCAGAGCUUAA